UGGUGGAUGAGGUGGUGGCGGUGGUGGGUGAGGUGGUGGCGGUGGUGGUGCUUCGACACCACUGAGAGUGACGCACAAGAGCUGGAGCUUCGUGUCAACUCCCACCUAGAUCCACUAAAAUUAAUUAACAAUUAAAUCGAAAAACUGUUAUAUAUUUCCAAGAGCAAUUUAAGUACUGAAAUUUCAAUAUUGUAUAAGUACUUCGCACUGUUUAAAAAUGCCUUUUGAACAGUACGCAGCUGAUGAUAAAUAGUUAUUGAAGUGUAAAGCUAAAUAGUCAUUGGGUAAUUACAUACUUAUUGUUAACCGGACAAGAUGUGUACCGAUUUCGAAUCAGACUUCAAGGAGAAAGCCAUUAUUGGCCCUUGCGUGGAGGACCCAAUGUCUAUAAUCGCCGGCUCCUUCCUGUCGGUGAUAUUCCUGGUGGCCUUCAUCCUCAAUCUGAUGGUGAUGGUGACUGUGUCGACCAGUUACACCCUCAAGAGGUUCCUCUACUGUCACCUCCUCAUCAACCUCUGCCUCGCCAGUAUGGUUGACUGUCUCUUCAACCUCAGUAUUGCCAUCGGCUACGUCUUCACCACACAGUGGAGGUUUGGUUAUGAAAUCAACUACUUAAAUAGCUUUACAAUGAAUAUGAUGAACAGCGUGAUGGGCUUCGCAGUUUUGAUGCUGGCAAUCGACAGACUGGCUUCGUCCAAGAAAUAUAAUUCUUGCUUUUACGCUUCACAGUCUGAUCUGGCCAUCAUGAUUCUGACAACAUGGGUGCUAUCAUUCUUGAUGGCGGUGCCCCUGGUCAUUGGCCGCAUCAAAAGCAUGCCGUAUAGGAACCGAUAUUCUUGUUCCGUGGCCGAUCCCAGGGAUGACAGUUACCUCAUCUUCCACCUGGUGCUGGUAGUGUGUGUGCCGCCCGUCGUCAUGGUGGUGCUGGUCUGCAUCUCCUCGGUCAUAUUCUUCAGAGAGCGUCGAAAAGAAAUGACAAACAAAGGCAACCAAAUGGCCGGUUUCUUUGAGCGCAGAACGAAUUCUUCUUACUACCAGAACGAGUUCCAUAUUGCGGUGUUUGUGACCUGUACAGUGGUUGGUUACUUGGCGUUCUGGCUGCCCUUCACCGCCCUCACCACCAUCAACCCAAUGCUCACACAGGACUGGGCCAGCGAAACGACCGGCGGCUCCGGUAGAAGCACCAAUCCCGUGGCCAACGCCACCAACGUUGCCAAUUCCACCAGCUCCAACGCGACGUCUAACGCCUCCAAGAGUACCAAUGGCGUGGGCAUCAUUCCGGAAAUAAUAGGCUCCCCGAUCUUUGACACCGUGGCUGUGUGGUUCCGUUUCUCAUUUCACGUGCUAAUGCCUGUCCUAGUGUUGAUCAUCUUGAGGGAGGUGCGGGCCAAGUGUAAAGACCUCGUCACGUGUCGCCGACAAGAGUCCGUGGACGUAGCCUCCCUCAUGCCCACACAAGGCAGUCGGAAGAAAAGCACAGCGUUUUAUUUGGCUUAAAAACGGUAUAGAAAACGCAUAAAAUGCUUUAUGAGCGAGGGAAGAAUCAGCGGUGUAUCCUAAACUAUAGUAUUUUAUAAAAUUUAAUGUACUAUAGUGUUUAUACUAUGCAUAAUGUGCUCGUGCUCCAACUUUUUAAAGAAGUUUGUUGACACUUUCUUGCAGUUUGUUUUGUUAUGAACCGCUCAUUUGUAUAAUGAUUUUUUUGUGAAUGACUUUCAUCUCAUUAUUCUUCCAAACUCUUCAUUAUCCUUCCAUAUAAACUUCACCAUUUUUUCCGCCUUAUAUAUUCUCCCUUAAGGGAUAAUCGCUUAUCACUAGGAUUAAAUAUGUAUGCAUAUUAAAUAUCGCCUUUCACGAGGACACCGAAACUGUAUUUCUACAUAUCUUUGUGUCUAAGGCUUUCUCUGAUUCGAGUUGUACCAAUAAAAAUGUUUUUAAACUUUGUAUUUGACUGUUUAUUCAUUGAUUUUCUAGCUGACGAGCAUUUUUUUCUUAAUAUACAAUAAUAUACAAUAUAAAGAUAAUAUUUACGUCAAUGUAAGAGGGAAAGUACUACAUUCAUAGUUUAUAUUAUUCCCAGUAAACCAAUUUUUCAUAUCAUCACACAGCAUGAGCCGUAAAUCCCAAAUGUUAUACUUGAUCCUGCCUCGCAAGAAUGUCAAUAUUUUGUCUACUGAGUAACCCUCCUGUCUCCACACAAAUCCACACACAAAUCCACACACAUAAAAAUGCAUUGCAGGUCCCUAGCUCUGUUCUCUCUCUGAGUCUUGAUACUUCCGAAGCUUUUGACACAGAUGAUCGCAUUAAACUUUUUAAUUAAUUGUUAAGCAUUGUCCAGUAAUGGCUAAAUAUCUAUAUAUUUUUUAUGAGCAGUGUAAAAUAAAUGUGAAAUGGAAUUAUGUAUUCUAAUUUUUUUUAGUACAUAUUGGGUCAAAUGUUCUGUGUUUAACUCUUUAAAAUUUACUGUAUUUUUAUCUAUUGGUGAAAGAGUUAAAUGCCAGCAAAGAUGUCAGGCAUACAUGCAGUACUAAGGCCAAUGUUUAUUUGCUUUGCUGAUGGUCUAGUUUCAGUAGCACGAACCAAAGAUGCUAUAGGAAAGGUGAUAGUAAUACAUGAGAUGUGCUACUAAAUACAACCUCGCGUUCAAGCCUGGAAACUGUGUUGUAAGUUGCUGAUAAUUCACUGCAAUUUGUAGGUAGAUAGGGGAAGAUUCCGGUAAAGUAUUCUGGAAAAUCAUAUGGGACAUAUUAUAUCCUCAGAGGGCUAGAUUGUAAAAUAUUAUGAUGCUAUUAGAGACUAGUAAGUUAAAAUAAAUGUCAUUUUGAGUGAAUUUGGUCAUCUUGAUACCCAUUCGAAAGUAGUUUAACAAUCAAUGUGUCAAUUUGUAUGAAUGUGAGGUAUGGGAGCUGCGAGACUUAGACCUUGGACUAAAGGACAUGACCGCGACAUACCUCGUGUGUCCCUCCUCGUAUUCAUUUCAAUUUCUUGUUUGGAACUGAUACCCACACCUGCACUUGAAUAAAUAUCAACAAACUAAAUAUAUAAUUUUGUCUGAGAAGAAUAACAUCCACCAAGCACAAUAAGCUCUUUUUUUUAUGCAAUCACUUAUCACUGGCCACUCAAAUUUUGCCAGAAAUAUUAACUUGACUGUACGAAAAUUUAACCUAAAAAUGAGUGCUGUAUAUAAUAGUGGGGGAUCUACAAGAAAGAAUAAAACACCAAAGUCAGCAGAGAAAGCAGGGAGACCCCCAGCUGGUUACUGACAUCAUAUAACAAGUUAUAUUUACAUAAAAUACUAAAGUUAUGCAAAUUUCCAUUAUUUCAUAUGACAUUUAAUUCAUGUUAGUUAGCUAUCAAAUUUAAUUCAUACUUUUUAAUAGAAAAUGUAAAUUACCUGGUUUAGAGACGGGUACAAUCAAGUUCUUGAACCCAUUUUGUUAUAAUUGUGUGCCUGUUUAGUAUUCACGUUAAAUUAAGUAACUAUCUUGACACGACUGUAAUGCUUUGCUAAAUAAAAGUCUUUUGGUUCAGUACCUGAAUCCAUUGUGUGGCUUUGUAACCAGUUCCACCACCGCUCAUGCGAUGGACCUGGACCAGGACCUGGUCCAGGUCCUGUUCCAGGUCCAGGUUUAAUGGGUAUGGGGUGCAUCAUAAAUUAAUUAAACUAUAAAGAAAGUAAUUAUGAUUUUCUGAUUUAAAUUAUAGUUUUCAUUAGUUUUGCUAUUCUAUAUUAUGUAUAGAAUAUGUCGAUUUUAAUUAUGAAAUUUAUAAUACACAUUAAAAUAAUAUAGGUUAGUUUACUAAGUGAAUUUUUA